AUGUCCAUCAGCAGCAAGUCAAAGCCGAGGUGCUUUGGGAGUGAUAUCCGCAGACUGCUGUUGGCUGCUGAAGCCGGUCAGAAGGCUGAUAUCCUGGCUUACUCCUCAGGGCAUCUGGGGCCCAGCAGCUUGAACCACAGUCGGCCUCCCAGGGAGAAAGAGCAGUGUUUCUGGAGGACGUCUCAGAGGCAGCCAAAAACUUCAAACCCUCUGACACUCCAGCAGAGACAGGCAAAAGAACUGGCCUAUGUAAAGAAAAAAGAAAUCAAAGACGGUUCGGCUGAGUUCACUGCUGGCUUUCCUUCGGCCCAGCCUGAAGCCUCAGGGUCAAGACAAGAUCAUACCACUGAUUGUUCUAUCCAGGCUGUCAGAGGAGAAGAUUCAUGUUUAAAUAAAAAGGAUUUUGGUUCCUUAAAGUCAGUGCCAGUGAAGUCUAAUGCCUUGGCCCCAGAAAAGUUGCACAACUCAUCAUCAGGGCCUUGUCGCAACCACAGUGACAAGGCACCGAUUAAAGAAGACCAGAUGAAGAUAAAGCAACACCCUGUCAAGCAGGACUUUUGGGGUGGAAUAAAUGCUGCAGAAUUGCAUGAGAGAAAACUGGAAAGGGAACUGAAGAAGCUGUCAACGCAGAGCUGGCCCAGCAGAGACCGGCUUGCGGUGUUCAGUGACGUCUUUGAUGAUGUAUGUGAAGGCUCUGCAGUAUUUGGACGCAUCCUGAGGGAAAUUAAGACAGAAUAUGAUUUGUAUGUCAACCACGUGAUGUCGUCGCAAUCCACUCUCCACAAUCCGUUACCACAUGCUUCGCAUGAGAAUCCUGGCAGUGAAACACUGAGGUCAGUGGAUUUGGAAGAAAAAGAAAAAGAAGUUCACUGGCUGGAGCAGGAGGCCAGGAAAACCCUCGAGGAGAAUCAACAACUCAGAGAUGUGUUACAGAACGUCCUAGCAGUCUUACGCCCGGAGGACAAAGACGUGAAGAAUGCAUCUCUGUCAGACAGUGGGACGACCACUGGGGGUGAUAACAGCAUUCAGUCCAAGAGGCUUCAGGUGUUAAACAUGUGGGUGGAGAUCCAGCAGCUGGAGGAGAUGAUUCAAGAGAAGCUGGUACCUGCAGCCACAGCCACUGCUACUGAAAGACGCAUCAGGAGCCUAAAGACUGAGAUAAUGAGACUAAUAGCCUCAAAUCACUGUCUGAAGACCACCAACAAGGAUCUUGAAAAUCAGAUUAACACAGUGCUCAAAAGAGAGAAAGUAAGCAAAGUCAUGCGACGGAUCUUAUGGGAUGAAAUACUGUCUGAUCUGUGAGCUUCAUCGACACCUGAGGAUUUCACAGCUUGUGAACAUUUAACAGCAUGAAUCAGACAAGGUUUAAUGUUAAAGGAGCGAUAUUUUGCUUUUUUAAAUGGGAUUAUGUAUUUUAAAACAUUUCCCUGUGGUCUAUAUAAACUGUAAAUGCUAUGCUUGGGUCUGAAUUCUUCAUUAAUUCAACUCCACAGGUCCAUCUUCAACCCCAUUUUUGAAUAAUGACUCGAGAAAGGUCGUUUAGAGCGAUGGCCCUUUAAAUGCAAAUGACCC